AUGGCGGAAUUUCGAAGCAGUGCUAUGUUUGAUGUUACAGGAUGGCGUGUUGUUGUCACUGGAGGAGGUAGUGGUUUGGGAAGGAUCAUUGCAAAAACAUUCCUUGUCAACGGAGCGUCGUCUGUGACGCUCAUCGAUAUCCUGCAGGAACGCUUAGAAGAUGCCGUGAAGGAGUUCUCCUCUAUCAAGAAAGACCUGGGCCUCAAAGGAGAUGUACAUGUAGUUCAGGGAGACGUUGCCUCCCGCGAUGGAAUUGCCAGCGUGGUCUCGAAAGUUCGAAACCUCGGCAUGGGCAUUGACACGCUGGUCCUAGCAGCUGGGAUCAGGAGAGUUAACAAGAAAACAUUCUCCCCUGGACUUGGACUGUCAAAGUUGGUGGAAGCGGUGCAAUCAUUGGACUGGGAUGACAUGGAAGCGUCUUUCCGCAUCAACGUCUUUUCCCAGUACUAUCUAACCGCUGGUCUACUCGACCUGAUCGGUGAAAGUGCCGCGAAACAGUCUGGCAAGGGCUCUGUCAUAUGCUUUUCCAGUGUUGCCAGCAAGCACACCGGUCAGUUUGUGCCUGCAUAUCAGACGUCCAAGGCCGCCGUGGAUCAGCUGGUCAAAAUCAUGGCAGCUGAAUGUGCAGACCUCUACAUUCGCGUCAAUGCGAUCUCGCCCGGUCUCUUCCCAAGCAACAUGAACCCAAUGGAUCCAAAACAUCCUGAUUCUAACAUGAGGUACGCAAAGGAGAUGCCUGCUAGACGGCCGGGAACGGAGCAGGAGAUUGCUUCAACGGCUUUGUACUUGGCAAGUCCUGCAGGCUUUUACGUUACUGGACAGAAUAUCCGAGUCGAUGGAGGAAGAUUACUUGUAGCAGCCGGCAAAAUACUAGUCCGGGAGGAUGAAUGA